GCGGGGAUCUAGGAUGCAGGGGUCCUUGUGGGAGCCGCGGAUCUGACUAACGAUCAAGGUGGGCACCUGGCGGUUUCUGGGUGUCCCACGGCUCCGUUCUUGCGUUCAUGCCCAAGAGCUGUGCUCCGGAGCCGCGACGCGGAGACAGAGAGCGAGAGACAUGGAGGAAGAGACGAGCGCUCCGUGCACCCAGCCGCUGUCUCUGGGAGCCCCUCGCCCGGCGUCUCCCACCAACCACUCGAGUGUCCAGAAUCACAACUGCAGCCAGGAGGGCUACAUCUACCAGGACUCCCUGACUUUGCCCUGGAAAGCGUUGCUGAUCUUGCUGCUGGCGCUCAUCACGUUGGCCACCACGCUCUCCAAUGCGUUCGUGAUCGCCACGGUGUACCGCACGCGCAAGCUGCACACCCCGGCCAACUACCUGAUCGCCUCCCUGGCGGUCACCGACCUGCUGGUCUCCAUCCUCGUGAUGCCUAUCAGCACCAUGUACACGGUCACGGGCCGCUGGACGCUGGGCCAGGUGGUCUGCGACUUGUGGCUGUCUUCGGACAUCACCUGUUGCACCGCUUCCAUCCUGCACCUGUGCGUCAUCGCCUUGGACCGCUACUGGGCCAUCACGGACGCCGUGGAGUACUCGGCGAAGAGGACUCCGCAGAGGGCGGCGCUCAUGAUCGCGCUGGUGUGGGUCUUCUCCAUCUCCAUCUCGCUGCCGCCCUUCUUCUGGCGCCAGGCCAAAGCCGAGGAAGAGGUGUGGGACUGCGUGGUGAACACCGACCACGUCCUCUACACCGUCUACUCCACGGUGGGCGCUUUCUACUUCCCCACCCUGCUCCUCAUCGCCCUGUACGGCCGCAUUUACGUGGAGGCGCGCUCGCGGAUCCUGAAACAGACUCCCCACAGGACCGGCAAACGACUGACUCGAGCCCAGCUCAUCACCGAUUCCCCCGGCUCCACGUCGUCCGCCACUUCCAUUAACUCCAAGGCUGCUCCCGAGGUUCCCAGCGAAUCUGGAUCUCCCGUGUAUGUGAACCAAGUCAAAGUGCGCGUCUCGGACGCCGUGUUGGAGAAGAAAAAGCUCGUGGCCGCUAGGGAGCGCAAAGCCACCAAGACGCUGGGGAUCAUUUUGGGAGCUUUCAUUGUGUGCUGGCUGCCCUUCUUCAUUAUCUCCCUGGUGAUGCCCAUCUGCAAGGAGGCCUGCUGGUUCCACCUGGCCAUCUUUGACUUCUUCACGUGGCUAGGCUACCUCAACUCUCUCAUCAACCCCAUCAUCUAUACCAUGUCCAACGAGGACUUCAAACAAGCGUUUCAUAAACUGAUACGCUGUAAGCGCAGGAAUUGACUUGGGCAUUGCGGUAGGGUUCGCUUAAGCGGCCCUUGGGAACCAUAUUGUGUGUAUGUCUGGUUCCACAGGUAGGUCGACCCUUCUUUUGAUUACUGUGUUGAAGUGUUGACCUUUUUUCUCUUCUGGGCAAGGUCAGUGGAUCUUAAGAAGAUAAGAGAGUGAGAGCGAGAGAGCGAGUGAAUAAGAGUGAGAGAAAGAGAGAGAAGAAGAGACCAAAAGACACAAAGAGUCUGAGAGA